UAGAAUAAAACAAUCAGUUUCUAGCUUUGUUCGUUCGCAGCAAGUUCACCAGAGCGGAAAAAAAACCAAAAAACCAAACAAUGUCUGGCAACAGCAAUCCAUUUAACAAAUAUCAAAAGUCUUUUACUCUUGAUGGAAUUGUCUACCAUUAUUUUGAUGUAUCAUCCAUUGAUAGUAAAUUUGAUCGUUUACCUUACUCCAUUCGAGUAUUGGUCGAGUCGGCGGUGCGUAAUUGUGAUAAUUUCAACAUCACAGAGAAGGAUGUCAAAAGUCUUCUAGAGUGGACACCCGAGCUGAAGCAAGGAGUCAGCGAUGUGGAAGUACCUUUCAAGCCGGCCCGUGUCAUUCAACAUGACUACAAUGGAAUACCGGCUAUAGUGGAUUUGGCAUCUAUGCGAAAUGCUGUCCUUAAAUUGGGUGGAGAUCCAUCCAAAGUGAAUCCUGUGUCGCCAACAGUUUUAUCCAUUUGCCACUCGGUUGGCGUAGACUUUUGGCGUCAAUCCGAUGCCUUGGCCAAGAACCAAGCGGCUGAGUUUAGACGCAACAAGGAACGUUAUGCCUUCCUUAAGUGGGCAGCAAAGGCCUUUGACAAUUUCUCCAUUGUUCCGCCAGGCGGUGGAAUUUUACAUCAAGUGAAUUUGGAAUACUUUGCCACCGUUGUCUUUGACCAGGACAAUGAGGAUGGCUCAAAGACCCUGUAUCCCGAUAGUUUGGUAGGAACCGAUUCGCAUACCACGAUGAUCAAUGGCUUGGGCGUUGUUGGUUGGGGUGUGGGUGGCAUUGAGGCUGAGGCUGUUAUGUUGGGCCAAUCGAUCUCCAUGUUGUUGCCCGAAGUAAUUGGCUAUAAAUUGGUGGGCAAGCCAGGACCUUUGGUCACCUCUACGGAUUUGGUAUUGACCAUUACCAAAAACUUGCGUCAAUUGGGUGUGGUGGGCAAGUUUGUGGAAUUCUAUGGCCCUGGAGUGGCCGAGCUGAGCAUUACGGAUCGGGCAACAAUCGCUAAUAUGGGCCCGGAAUAUGGAGCCACAGUUGGCUAUUUCCCCGCCGACGAGAAGACUCUCAAUUAUAUGAAACUAACAAAUCGUUCAGAGAAGAAGAUAGAAGUGGUGCGUCAAUACUUGAAGGUAACUGGGCAAAUGCGCAACUACAACGACGAGACUCAAGAUCCAGAAUAUACACAGUCUCUGUACUUGGAUCUGGCCACGGUUGUUAGCAGCAUUUCGGGACCAAAGCGACCACAUGAUCACAUGGCGGUGGUCGAUUUACCCAAGGAUUUCAAAUCCUGCCUGUCCAGCCCAAUUGGCUUCAAGGGUUUCGGUCUCACAGCGGAGGCCCUGCAAACAGUUGGCGAAUUCCAAUGGGCCGAUGGCAAGACUUAUAAACUGCAACAUGGCUCUGUAGUACUGGCGGCCAUAACAGCCUGUACGAAUACCUCGAAUCCUUCUGUGAUGCUGGGUGCCGGCCUCCUGGCCAAAAAGGCCGUGGAGAAAGGCCUCACGAUUCUACCUUACAUUAAGACUUCUAUGUCACCCGGUUCGGGUGUGGUUGCCUACUAUCUGAGGGAGUCCGGUGUGCUAACCUUUAUGGAGCAACUGGGUUUCGAUAUUGUCGGAUUUGGAUGCAUGACCUGCAUUGGCAACUCGGGUCCGCUGGAUGAGAAUGUCGCAAAUACCAUUGAGGAAAACAAUUUGGUCUGUGCUGGCGUUUUGUCCGGUAAUCGUAACUUUGAAGGACGCAUUCAUCCCAAUACCCGGGCCAAUUACUUGGCCAGUCCACCGCUGGUGAUUGUUUAUGCCAUAGCUGGACGUGUGGACAUUGACUUUGAAAAGGAACCAUUGGGAGUGGAUGCCAGCGGCAAGCCUGUGUUCCUUCGUGAUAUCUGGCCCACUCGUUCAGAGAUUCAGGAGGUGGAGGCUAAAAGUGUUUUACCCAGCAUGUUCCACGAUGUGUACAGCAAGUUUAGACUUGGCUCUAUGGAGUGGCAAGGCUUGGAAGUGCAGCAUGAUCUUUCUAUUUACAACUGGGACUCGGCUUCCACUUAUAUUAAACGUCCUCCCUAUUUUGAUGGCAUGACCCGGGAAGUACCAAAGUUAAAGAGCAUAGAGAAGGCACGUUGUUUGCUCUUCUUGGGUGACUCUGUGACCACAGACCACAUGUCUCCGGCAGGAGCAAUUGCUAGAAACUCGCCAGCCGCUCGUUUUCUAGCGGAUCGGAAUGUUACACCUCGAGAUUUCAAUACCUAUGGCACUCGACGGGGCAAUGAUGCUGUCAUGGCACGCGGAUGUUAUGCAAAUAUACGUCUCGUCAACAAGUUGUCAUCGAAGAUUGGUCCCUAUACCGAGCAUAUACCCAGUGGAGAGGAACUGGAGGUUUUUGGAUCUGCAGAACGCUAUCGCAUGGAUGCUACUCCAUUGAUUGUGAUAGCUGGCAAAGAAUACGGUACGGGCAGCUCCCUGGAUUGGGCUGCGAAGGGACCUUAUAUGUUGGGCAUUAAGGCUAUUAUUGCCGAAUCUUAUGAGCGCAUCCAUCGCUCCAAUUUGGUGGGAAUGGGUAUUAUGCCUUUGGAAUUCCUGCCUGGCCAAAAUGCUGACACUCUGCAGUUAAAUGGUCGUGAAGUGUUUAAUAUAUAUCUUCCAGAGAGUGGUUUAAAACCGGGUCAAAAGAUCCAGGUGGAGGCCAAUGGAACUAUAUUUGAGACAAUACUACGCUGCGAUACGGAAGUGGACAUCACAUACUAUCAGAAUGGAGGUAUCCUGCAGUAUAUGGCCCGCAAAAUCUUAUCCGCAAAAUAAUCCCGCCAAGCAUUUAAAAAAGAACUUAGUUUAUAAUAGAACUAAUUAAACUAUUCAAAGAUUUUGUAAAUAAUUCAAUUUGAAAGCAGUAAAUUAUUUCUUUAAAUAUUACAA